AAGGGAAACCGUUAAUUUCAUUGUAGUUGAAGUGAAAAGUGGAAAUUUAGUUGUAAAAUGUGUCGGUUUACGUUUUAUUUUUUACUUAUAUUUUAAAUUUCGAUAUACAUUUAGGAAGAAAACAUCUUCAAGAUCAUCGUUCCAAUGAACCCGGUGUUAUAUCGCUGAUAUAAACACAGUAUCAUCGUUUCAAGUUCCAAGGCUCGAUAGUCCGCCAAAAAUACGAGUUUUUGCGGCUUUCUUCAUUUUGUUGAUAGAAUUCCAAGUAAGUGAUUAAAAAUGACGCUCAACACUAGCGAAGUUUUGGAUUUAUCCAAGGAGAAUGUGCAACCGUUAAGACAAGGCAGAAAAGCAGCUCAAUUGAAAACUGCCCUCCAAGCUCAAACUGACCCAGAGAUGCAACAUCGUCUGCUGAAAGAACGCGAGAGAUUCGAAUUCAUGAUUCGUAUGUACGAAGGAGAUGAUCCGUUAGAACCUUAUUAUGAAUAUGCUGCUUGGUUAGAGCAAAGUUUUCCUCGAUUGGGACGCGAAAGUAAUCUUCUCCCGUUGCUAGAAAAUGUCUUGAUGAAAUUUAAAGACAAUGAGAAGUAUCGACAAGAUCCACGUUUCGUUCAUCUUCUUAUCAAAUACAUCAACGCUCAAUCAAACCCGCUAGAACUGUAUCAACUGUCGUAUAAUCAAGGUUUAGGAACGAUGUGUAGUGCGCUGUAUAAAGCUUGGGCCGAAGAACUAGACAAAAGUAAUGAUUUCAAAAGAGCGGAUCAAAUUUACCAAUUAGGACUUCAGUGUCGUGCUCAACCUAUCGAAGAACUACAAAAUGCUCACAUUCAAUUUCAGUUAAGCAUCGCUCGUAAAAUGAUAGAAGGAAAUAUUAACAAUAACAAUACCGAACAAAAUACUGAGAAUUCUAGAGCAGCGCUUUCUAAAUUGCAACCGUCGAAAGUGAAAAGUAAUCGAAUUAGUAAAGAUACAGCAGGGAUCUUCCAAGUUGCAAAUCGUGAGACAAAAAAUAACGCUGCGGUUGGAAAAUUCAAGGUUUAUCAAGAGGAUGAACCAGAUGGAAUCGUGAAAGCUGAUUUCAAGAAUAAGAGUGAAAAAAUCAGCAGAGGAAGUAUUGCCGAAAGAGAAAAUAUCAUGAAAGCAGGAAAAUGGACUGGCCAGAAGCAAAAACAAAGCGUUUCUAGACCAUCUAUGCCUACAACUCCUUCGUUUCAAAUUCACGAAGAUCCUGAAGCAGCUUGCGAUAUGGUCAGAACGGUAAUUAGACCUCGAGCCUUGAAACUGAGGAGAGAAGAAUUUAAAUGUCCUGUAGCUAUAUUCGAAAAGGAGGACCCUACAAAAAGGCCAAUGUAUCCGAAAGACUUGGUUUACGUCGGAGAUAGAGAUAUUCAGUUAGAAGAAUUACGAGCUGCUAUGUAUUGGCGCAGAGUUGAAAAAGAAGAGCAACGAAAACAAUAUCUUCAGAAAGACGCCGAGGCUCUUAUGGAAACUCCCAAUAAACAAUGUUUCGAUCAGCCUAAGAAUAAAUCGGAAGCCAAACUGCCGCAAUCGCAUUCCUCUUGCGAAACAUAUCGCAAUUAUGUAACGGAGAAUUCCAGCUCUAAAGUGCAGCAAAACUUACCAAUGGAGCCAUUGAACAAUAAAACUGAACCAAACAGUGAUAAUCUACAUUCCUGUCUCAAAACUUCGGAGAAAAAAGUUUCAACAGAUGUUAAAAAUAGUCAAUUUAGUAUUUCGCCGGCGGAUCAAAGUUACAAAAAACUCGAGAAAAAGACUGAACCUUUAUAUCACAUUCACGAAACUUCGCAGAGAAAUGUCUCAGCUGAAAAUGAUCCUUUAGUUGGCUUAUUCGAAAAAGGAGGUUGUGCUCCGCAUUACAGUCCUUCUACAUCAUUUACUGUGAAUACUCGAGCUGCGAUGAAUGUCAUACAAACAAUGUGGGCGAGUCCUUUACCUGAUUCUACUGUCAAAAAACCUAUGAGUGAUUUCGACGACUCCAUGUUCAAAGUGCCAUCACGUUCACCGCCAGUCAGUCGUCACGCUCAGAAAAAAUUAACAUUCCCAAUCUUCAGCGAUGACGACAGCAAGCUUUCUCGACCAUCGGAUAAAUUAUCAUUCCCUGUGUUCUGCGACGAUGUACCUGUUACUUCUACACAGAAAAUGAAAAGUCCACAGAUCUCGCCACUUGACAAACUUUCAUUCCCCGUCUUUGCGGAAGAAAUGCCGGCUACUUCGACGCAAAAGUCACAAAGCACUGAGGUUACUCCGGCCAAUAAAGCGCCAUUUUCUGUAUGCACCGACGACAUGCUCGUAACUCCAACGCAAAAAUCAAAUGACUCGAAAAAGACGUCUGGUAAAUUAUCAUUCCCUAUAUUCGUUGACGAAUUUCCACCUACAUCUACUCAAAAAUCAGUCUUGAAAGCGACUCCUGAUCAACGUCCAUUCCAACUUUUCACCGAUACACCCGCUGCCUCGUUGCAAAAACCCAUGAACUUGAAAUCUACUGCCGAUAAACUUUCAUUCCCUAUGGACGAUAUGCCUGUGAUUUCUACGCACUCGGACAGCAAGAAAAGUAACGCGGAGAAUAAAUUCUCGUUCCCGAUUUAUACUGAUGAUGGAAUCAUGCCCUUGAUGGGAACGAAAAGUGAAACGAAACGGAAUCAGUUCUCCGAUGUGGAGAAACUGCUGUUCCCUAUCGAUAAAGAUGACGAUAUUCCGAGCUCAUCGGUCAAAAGUACCGAAGUGUGUACUCCCGUACAAUCGGAUAAAUAUUCUAUACCGUUAAUUGUGCCAGUCAAUUUAGCCGAUACGCCACUUCAGCCAGAAAACAAGGAGAAUUUACCUCCCAAAAGUUACUGUACUCCGAUCGAACGUAGACCUUUAUCUGGUAUUCUAACUCCCGCCUGUAAUGUAUCGGUUCAACCGCUGGAUGAUGACGAUAGCGAGGAUGAUGAGGACUAUUGCAAAAUGAUUCCCAAAGGUAAUGACUUUGACGAAGAAACGUGUUCUACUAAAGCGUUCGCUAUUGCAUUACCUUCGUCGACUCCUUUCGGUCGCUCUCGUCAAUCAUCAUCUCGAAAAUCGUUACUAUACAACGGUUCGUAUAUUGCCGAAGAAGAUACUCCCAAAAGUACUACCGAAGAUAGUAAACACGCUAAUGGACAGCAUCUCAGUUUAAUCCUCGAAAAUUCUAAAGAACAAGGUAGUAACUCGUCUGGAGGAAGUUCGGCUGUGCAUAAAUAAUCUAGGGAUGGAUACCUUUGAUAUGUUUGUGUAAUUUUGUUUUAAGGAAACCAUGCAUUUAUAAAAUAUGUCUUAACUGUUCAUGACAAAUUAUGAUUUUAAUGCUUAUUUAUGUAUUGUUAGGCUAUAGUGAAACUUGUUUUUAUAUAUUUUUAGAGUAAUUUUUUAUAUAAUAAACGUUUUUUUGUCAAUCAUUAAACUUGCUGUGAAAUAUUACACGUUUUUUUCGUGAAACAUAAAUAAAAAUAUGUAGCAAAUUUUA